UCUCAGGAGGCCGACAAUUUCGUUGAAGAAAGAAGUGGAAGAAAAAAAUACAACCGUGACGAGUUUGGGAAAUAUUUUACUGUGAAAGCUUCCCUAAAAAUGCAUCAGGUCAUCCACACCGGAGAGAGACCAUUCAGCUGUGGAGACUGUGGAGAGUCUUUUACCAGGUCUGGACACUUAAAAAGACACCAACUCAUCCACAGUGGAGAGAGACCGUUCAGCUGUGACGAGUGUGGAAAGUCUUUUACCAAGUCUAAAAACUUAAAAACACACCAACUCAUCCACACUGGAGAGAGACCGUUCAGCUGUGGAGACUGUGGAAAGUCUUUUACCAGGUCUGGACACUUAAAAAGACACACACUCAUCCACAGUGGAGAGAGACCGUUCAGCUGUGACGAGUGUGGAAAGUCUUUUACGCAGUCUGAAAACUUAAAAACACACCAACUCAUCCACACUGGAGAGAGACCGUUCAGCUGUGGAGACUGUGGAAAGUCUUUUACCACGUCUGGAAGCUUAAAAACACACCAACUCAUCCACAGUGGAGAGAGACCGUUCAGCUGUGGAGACUGUGGAAAGUCUUUUACCAGGUCUGGACACUUAAAAAGACACACACUCAUCCACAGUGGAGAGAGACCGUUCAGCUGUGACGAGUGUGGAAAGUCUUUUACGCAGUCUGAAAACUUAAAAACACACCAACUCAUCCACACUGGAGAGAGACCGUUCAGCUGUGGAGACUGUGGAAAGUCUUUUACCACGUCUGGAAGCUUAAAAACACACCAACUCAUCCACACUGGAGAGAGACCGUUCAGCUGUGGAGACUGUGGAAAGUCUUUUACGCAGUCUGGAAGCUUAAAAACACACCAACUCAUCCACACUGGAGAGAGACCGUUCAGCUGUGGAGACUGUGGAAAGUCUUUUACCGAGUCUGGAAGCUUAAAAACACACCAACUCAUCCACACUGGAGAGAGACCGUUCAGCUGUGACGAGUGUGGAAAGUCUUUUACGCACAUUUCAAACUUAAAAUCACAUCAACUCAUCCACAGUGGAGUUAAAGCGUACACCUGUGAUCAGUGUGGCAGAGCUUUUACUCACAGUAACAGCUUACAGAGUCAUCUAGUUACCCACUCUGGAAUUAAGGCGUACAGCUGUGACAUUUGUGGAAAAACUUUCAGCCGGAUAGGGAGCCGAAACAUUCACCUACGCAUUCACACCAGACAUGAUGUGUACAGCUGUGAUCAGUGUGGUAAACAGUUUACUACAAACACAGAGUUACGACGUCACAUGUUUACCCACACUGAGGAACGACCUUAUAAAUGUGACCUGUGUGAGAAGACUUUUAAAUCUCCACGUUGCCUGAGACGACACCAACAGAUCCACACCAGAAAGACUCUACAAGUGCAGUUACUGUGAGAAGCAGAGCGACACAGAUGGAUCAAGUUCUCAACCCUGUCAUCGCUGUGGGAAAGACUUUUGUUGUGACCUUUGUGGAAAAACUUUAAGUCACUGAAGGACUCUGAAAAUACAUCAACGUAGACACACUGGAGACAAAAUGAACUACUGUAAAGAAUGCGGGAGAGGCUUCACCACUUCAAAGGACUUCAAACAAUAUGAACUCCUUCACAGUGGCGUUAAAAAGCAUGUCUGCGAUCAGUGUGGGUCAUCCUUCAUCAGUGCACGUCAGCUUGAAAAGCAUAAACGAGUCCACACAUGAGAGAAACCAUACAAGUGCAGACACUGUGACAAAACCUUUUCACAGUCAUGUGAUCAUACUAAGCAUGAACGCAGACACAUGAAAGAACUUCAUCACGGCGCCCCCCGUGUGCAGCAGCCUGUUACAGCAGCUCUGCUCGUUCUGAGUUUCUUUCUUUCUUAUCUUUUUCUUCUCGUAAUUUUUUAUACCCAACGUAUUAGUAAUGAGAUAACAAAUUU